AUGCAUCUCCGACCCCUGCCCCUGUCUUUCCUCCUUCUCCUCCUGGUUGCCGGGGCAGCCGAGGUGUGCGUCGCCGUGACGACCACGCUUCACGGUUUCCGAGGCUGCGCCGUGCGAGAGUUCUCCUUCGUGGCCCAGAAGCCGGGCUGCAGGGGACUGCGCAUCACCACCGAGGCCUGCUGGGGGCGAUGUCACACCUGGGAGAAACCUGUGCCGGAUCCCCCCUACAUCCAUCGACAACACCGCGUGUGCACGUACAGCCGCACCCGUCACAUGACCGCCCGUCUGCCGGGCUGCCAGCCCAACGUGUCCCCUCUGUACCACUACCCCAUGGCUCUGCACUGCCACUGUGCCGUCUGCUCCACACAGGACACCGAGUGUGAGACCUUCUGAUGGGCAAACAAUGUUAUCAACUGUUUUACUGAUAUGAAUGAAUAAAAUGAUGAAAUCAA